CGGAAAAGCUGGCAGCGAUGAUGCCCGGUAGAGUAACAAGCAAUGAGCGACGGUAGAUUACAGGCGGUGGCCGAACAGAGCACUUCGUGAUGGGAGACAAUAUGUUGUCGCUGUGGCUGACGUGGGUGUGCUUCAUGCAGAGCUCUGGGUUGCUAUCCCAUGUGGAGCAAUAUGAGGUGGUCAGACCUCAGAGACUGCAGGAGAGGCAGAGGAGGAGCCUGAAGGAAAACCAGCUUUACCCUGAUACGGUGCAGUAUGAGCUGGCCAUUGAAGGGAGGAACCACACUAUUUAUCUGGAAAAAAACAGUAAUCUUAUUGGGAGAGGCUACACUGAAACUCACUAUUCAGAAUAUGGGAAACGAGUGACGACAUCACCAAGUGAGGAGCACUGCUAUUACCACGGCCAUGUUGAAGGCGUGGUGGACUCUUCGGUCAGUGUGGGGAUCUGUUCGGGCAUUAGUGGCUUUGUGAGAGCCCGGCAGCAGGUUUACCUGAUCGAGCCUCUGGGACAGUCUGACGACGGGGACCAUGCAGUUUACAGACGGGAACACCUGAAGAUCAGCGGCAAUCCCAGCUGUGGCUCCUCGUCCAACACCACCAUGCUUUACGACCACGACCAGGACCAGAACCAGGACCGUGGCCCUCAGCUCGCUGGGCUCUUUAGGUCCAAAGCAUGGAAAACUAAAUCCGUCACAAGUGUGCAGAGGUUUGUCGAGCUGUACGUGGUGGUCGACAACACUGAGUAUAAACGAUAUGGAAGUGAGACUAAAUCCCGUAUCCUCGGAGUCGUAAAUCACGUUGACAAGCUGUAUCGACCUCUGAACAUCCGCGUCAUGCUGGUGGGGCUGGAGAUCUGGACGUACAGAGACUACAUCAACGUUGACAUUAAUUCGGAGAUGACCCUGGACAACUUCCUCAUAUGGCGCCAGGCUGAUCUUCUGAAGAGGAUCAAACACGACAACGCUCAGUUUGUGACUGGCAAAGAUUUCGACAAAGAUACAGUUGGACUGGCAAAUAAGUUCGCCAUAUGUACGGAGAACUCAGGUGGAGUCAAUCAGGAUCACCAUGACAACGCGAUAGGCCUCGCCUCCACCAUUGCUCAUGAGAUGGGACAUAAUUUUGGCUUGUCCCAUGAUGCCGCGGGCUGCACGUGUGGCCCAUUUUACAGCAGUGGGAACUGUGUAAUGGCAGAGAAGCUCAGGACAGGAAGUCAAGCGUUCCCGGAGUUCUUCAGCAGCUGCAGCGUGGACCAGCUCGCUGAGUUCAUGGAGCGAGCUCAGCCCAGCUGUUUGGGUAAACCCAGCCCCGUUAAGACCAUCGUUGUGGGCCCUCGCUGCGGCAACGCCCUGCUGGACCCUGGAGAGGAGUGCGACUGUGGCACCGUGGAGGAAUGCAAGAAUCCUUGUUGUGACGCCUCAACGUGUCGCCUGACUGAAGGAUCCCAGUGUGCUCAUGGACAGUGUUGUGACAACUGUCAGUUCAAAGCUACUGGAAGUGUGUGCAGGAAGUCAGCCAGCGACUGUGACCUGCCUGAAUACUGCACCGGUGUGUCGGAGGACUGUCCUGAAGACAGCUUUGAGAUGAACGGCAAACCCUGCUACGACCACGUGCAGGGCUACUGCUACAACGGCCAGUGUCCCACACAUGAGAAGCACUGCUGGAGGCUGUUUGGACCAGGGACCAUAGUUGGGCCAGAUAUAUGUUUCGACCUGAACAAACGAGGCGAGGAAGGUGCCAACUGCGGGAGGAACAAAUUCGGCUACACCCCCUGUACUGCACAGAAUUUAAAGUGUGGAUCUAUAUUUUGUGGAGGAGGGGGCGAGUCCAUCACCGGUAAAAGAGCAGCCUACACUGUGUAUGGCAUUGAAUGUAAACUAGCCGUGGACGAUGAUAAGACCAGAAACAUUGACAUGGUGCCUAAAGGAACCAAAUGUGGAGUUAAUAAGGUCUGCCUUGACAACAGAUGUGUGGAGGUAUCAGUUUAUGGGAAAAAGGAGGACUGUGCAAAGAAAUGCAACAAUAACGGGGUUUGUAAUCACAAGAAAGAGUGCCACUGUAACCCCGGCUGGGCUCCUCCUUACUGUGACAUCCAGUACGCAGAUUUACCUCCAGGUCAGACUGGGAUAAUAGCUGGUGUGUGUGCAGCUCUCUCCAUCCUUCUGGUGAUCACUGUGGUGAUUGCAGGGCUGAUGUGCUGUAAGAAGGACAACAUGGACAACUACAGCUCCAAAAGGAAAGUGCACUCAGCUCCGGGCAAGUUGAACCCGAUGUUCCAGGAGCCGAGUGUGAAGGAAAGGCCUCAGAUCAGUCAUCCUACUUUCAUGGAAUCAACAGCAACACAAGCCUGUGCUCCUCUGAUUGUUACUACUGUGCCUCCCAGCAGGCUGGCUCCACAGCCACCAAGUAAAGUGUCUUCAGGGUCGUCUACCUCACAACCUGAGCCAACAACACCUCAACCUCCAGCUAAACCUUUACCACCUCUGUAUAAACCACAGCACAAGGCAGCUAAACCAAAUCCUCCUCCUGUACCUCCAGUCAAGCCCAGUCCUCCUCCAGCAGCCAGAAUCAAGCCCUGCACUCCUCCACUACCCCCAGUGAAGCCACAAGUCCACAGACUCACAUGAAAUUCUCAUUAAAGAUAUCAAGUUUAACCAAAGCAGAAGACAUCAGCCUGUAGUUGUAUGUAUAGAAAGAGAGCGAUCCUCGCCGGGAUCAGAGCGCUAAGUCACGGAGGCCAAAGUUUGGAAAAGUUGACUCUUCAAAGCCUUUAAAGAUGUCGAGCGUGACAAGGCUUCGCUGACCGAGUCUGUCUUUGAUGACUCAAUACCAACAGCUUUAGCUGCUGUGGAAAAGUGAUUUUUUUUUUUAAGGG